AUAACAACAUCCGGUUUUGUCAGAAGGGAGUUACUCAAAACUAUUUUUAACAGAUUCUUCCAAAGUUCGCCCAUUAAACGAUGGACAAACUAAAGAAAACCCUCAGCGGGAAUGAUGAUGAUGAAGAACAAGGGAUCGUUGGACAGUUCUCUGAUGCAACAACUCUCAGCUGGAGUACAAGAAUCAAAGGCUUUGCAAUUUGCUUUAUCCUUGGAGUGACGCUGUCAAUAGUGGGCUCCUGCCUACUGUGGAUGGGAAGCAAUGGUAUCACCCUAUUUGCUAUAUUUUAUACCAUCGGCAAUAUCAUGUCACUCUCGAGCACAUGUUUCUUGAUGGGGCCGUUAAAUCAGUUAAAGAAGAUGUUUGCACAGACCAGAAUUUUUGCAACCAUUCUUGUAGUAGUGAUGCUGAUUUUGACACUAGUCUGCGCAUUUGCUUUGAAGAGUGCGAUCCUCACCCUGAUGUGCUGCAUCAUCCAGUUCAUAGCACUCACUUGGUACUCCCUCUCAUACAUACCGUUUGCAAGAGAUGCAGUUAAGAAGUGUUUUGAAGGCUGUAUUUCUUGAAGAUAGCCAGCAAACAGCGCACCCCAUCCAGGAAACGUACACACAGUUUACACUGAUAUCCUUCUCAUUAUUUGUUUUGUAUUGUAAGAGUUUGCGGAUUAUGUUAUGUACUGGGUAGUUAAGUUUGAAUUAUGUUAUGAUUAUGCUAAUUAAGUUUAAAGAGUAAGAUUAAGUGACUGUUAAAUCUUCAUUGGAUACCCAGGACCGACCUAUUACGUUGCAGUCCAUUCAUCCAUUCAUUCAUUUAUCACUGAAGAAGUGUAGUGGAAUGGGUCAGCCAUGGAUAUCUGAUGGGGAUGAUGAACUUGAAUUUUGUUUAUUCUGUAGAACCUAUGUGUUAAAUUGGUUUGUGACUUUAAAGGGACCAGACACCAGAUGAUACAAUUGCAAGAAGAAAAAAAUUUGUCAAGAACUUACAUAAAAUUGAUAUCAUUGUGUAAAAUGCAUUGAAUUUUGCUUACUUAUGUAUCACAUCUCUUAUGACACAUUUAUCUUUCACAGUUUUUGGGGUAUUUUUCAAACUCAAAAUUUACAGGGUAUAAAUAUUUCUUUCAAGUAAAUUUAAAAAUAACGAUGAUAUAUUUACCGACACUCAUCAAGAGACUUUCACAUGCUAAAGCAGAAAACUGCAGGGAAACACAGAGCUGGACAGAUUAACAUUGGUUAUGAAAUUGAUCGCAGAAAUUACCACUGCUGAAAAUGACAGCGCAUAUUAUAACUAUUAUUUGAGAAGUUAGUGAAAUGAUCUCUUGACUUGCAUGGUACUCUGAAAAAACAUUCUGCCUUAUUUGUAAAUGGGGAAACUCAGCUGAGACAGCACUUGAGACAACAUUGUUGCUGUGUAUAUUCUUUAAAUCAUGUAAAAUGAUGUAUUAUUGGCAUCAUACUAGCUUUUUAUGACAAUUUAAGGCUUGUUUUUAAGAAAUACUGUAUUUGCCGAUUUGUGGACCAUCUGGUGUCUAGUCCCUUUAAACUGAUUUUCCUUUCUUGAUCAUGAUAUGAAGUUUUCCUACAUCAGCGUUUCUAUUUAUUUUAUGUAAAAUUGAACAAAUGUUUGUGUGAAAUAUGUCUUGUAUGAAACAAAAUGGCAAGAAUCAGCUUUGUGAAAUGGUAAGAAAUUAAAAUAACUUCAUUAGGUACAUUUUAUGAAUUGAUGAAUCAUGAAAUUAAGAAAUUUUUGAAGAAAGUAGUUUGUAUGUUAAUGGGUUUUUACCAAAGAAAAGACCUGUAUAUACAUUGCAUUAUGAUAAUCUGUAUAUGUUUAGUGUUUAUGUUCAUGUUUUCUUGAAACAAAAAGACCUCCAAGGUUCCAUUCAGUCAUUUAUUGGUUUCAUUAAGUAUAAUUAUAGCUGUAAGUGCAUGAACAAUGGCUGGUAUAGAGACAUUUAGUGCCAAACACUAAGAAAGUUAUUAUUUAUGUUUUGUCUUUUAAAUCAAAGAAGAACAAAAAUGAACAAUAACUAUUACAUGGUCCUAUACAUGUGCACUUACAAUAUAUAUUGGUGAGUGACAUUGGUAAUUUAGGAAAACUAUCCUUUAAAGGUAAAACCUCGAUAUUCAAGUAUUAUACACUAUGGGGCCACUCUUAUCAAUGUAUAUAUGGAUAUACAAGAAAUUAUUGUAAGAUCAGGAUUUUCAGUUUGAUAUGACAUCAAUAUCACAAAUGCAAUUGAUAAAAGUUUUAAUGUGCAAAUUAAAAUAAGAUUUGCCUGAUGUUAACUUGGGAAUAUCAAUUUAAAAAAAUGAUUGUACGAUAAGUUUGGUAAUUAAAGGAGGCCUACAUGUAUGAAAAAUUAUGAAUGGUUGUCAAUCACAUUGUAUAUCUUUCUUAAGGCGUGGUUAUUGUUUGCUUUUAAAAGAUCCUUUCAUAAAAAGUAAAUGUUUCAAACUCUCAUUCACACAAUUCAUUUUCGUUCAGAGUUCUGAAAAUGUUUAUAAAAAUUAUAUUGUUGUACAGAAUUGUUUUGAAAUACUAGCUUCAUACAAACAAUUUGACCAGCUGUAUUUGUUUUCAUGUUUUGCUGAAAGAUUGAUUUUUAGGCUUGUGUUGCUAGUUAUAUAAAAUUAUAAAUGUAUCAUUUCAUUUUUGAAAAGCUGAGACUCAAGUCCGGGUGUAAGUUUUAUUUUCAUUUUAAGCUGGUAUGAAGAAAUAAAGUCAAACUAUUAUCAACAACAACAGGGUGGACAUGCAUGUUGUUUUACAUAGGCAAUAAAUUUCAAAUGAAACUAAGUUGAAUGUGGCAGAGAUGAUAAGCACAUGUAUAGAAAGGCCCAUAACUCUGGCUAUAAUUAUUGUAAAAUUAUGACCCUUUUUUAUUGUUCCACUGUGGUAUUAUUAAGGUUUAAUCUAUUUUCUUGAUAUUGUUUUUGUUUGUUUCUUUACAUUGUUAUGAGGUACUUAAUAGUUUAAGCAGAUGAUAAAUGGCUUAUUUUUCACUAAAUUAACAACAUCAUACUGGGAUGAUAAUUGCUGUGGUAGCAAUAACACAUUGGAGCAUGACUGUAUGAUAAUAAUGUAUCAAUAUUAUGCUUUAAAUGUUCAAUUUAGACAAGAAAGAAUUCCUGUUGUCAGGUUAGCGCAGUCGUUAGCGCACUCCCUUCUCACCAAGGCGACCCCGGUUCAAUUCCUGGCCUGGGCGCAUGUGAGUUAUGGUUAGUGGUGACCAAGCCGGACAAGUGGGUUUUCUCCGAGUACUCCAGUUUCCCCCACAACACAAGACCCCACUCUUGCGCAACAUCAGUAUAAGCUAUCAUAGCUGUCUUCAAAAUUGUAGUAAAAUAUAUAAUGUUUAAACUAUUAAAAUGUUCAAUUACCGGUAUCAAGAUAUAUCACACACUAAAAUUUGCAUUAGUGUUCAAAACCAAGCAUGAAGUAAGUUUGAAAUAACAUUAUGAUGUCUUUUAAUUUCAUUUAAAUUUCAGAAUAAUUUAAAACGAAAAAAAAGUCACAAUCAAUUAAUUUAAAGGACAAGUUACGUAUAAACUCUCUUUCAUGAUAUUAAAGUUGAGUAUUAAUAAUACAGUUUUAUUAAAGACCGUUUUUUAAUAAAAAAAAAAGUUUUGUUUGGAGAUUUUGUUUUGGCAUUUGUGCUAUAUAAUUAUGUCUAAAAUAUAAAUGAUAAUAAAUAUAUAUAUUUAUUACUCACUUACACAUGUACCUUGCCUCUGUUGCUUUAAGUUUGGUCUGUGUUCUAGUGAAGCGAUCUGGACCCAAAACAAAUCUCAUAGCCUCAUUUUCAAUUUAUUACGUUUUAAAUAGAUAUGAACUAUUUGGAUUUAGUCCAUAUAUUCAUAUUUGAGAAGACUCUACUUUUCCCUGGCUAUGGGGGAAGCUUACCGAUUGGGAAAAAGAGGGGUAAAAUUAUAUGUUUCUGAAUGGGAAAUUUUGACGAUUUGUUGCAGGAUUGGGAACCAGAACGCCCGAUUUUGAAAUUUUGUCACUGGAUCGGGAUUUUUUUAGAGUCCUUUUAAUUCAUAUUUUGGAUUUCUUUUUUUUAUAAUCAAGUAUUAUAAAUGAAGCAUUUUCAACAAUUCUAUCUCUAUGAGAUCAUAUGUGGGACCAGAUUGCUUGUCUGUUCAGACUUCCGGUAACUGUGACUGUUUAAGCUAUUGUGGUGCUUUCACACCUGUGCCUAUAACAUUAUAAAGUGCUAUCAAAUAACUAUUUUGGAAGAAAUAUAUAAUUUAAGAUUACAUAUAUUAACAUACUUUAGAAUAAGAUUUCUUGACUAUCUUUUCAGCUUUUCACCUUGCUAUUAUAUUUUAGCGAUAUAAUUUUAUCUAUGGUGAUGAUUGUAAAAACUGUAUUGUUUCAUGAUGUAUAUUAAAGAAUAAUAAAUUAUCUGCCAACUGAAA